UAAAAGCCGGGCGGGCGCGGCGGGUGUGGCGUGCGGCUGAGCGGCUGGGAUGGCGUCUCGCGGGCGGAGGCCGGAGCACGUCGGCCCCCCGGAGCUGUUUUACGACGAGAAUGAAGCCCGGAAAUACGUUCGCAACUCGCGGAUGAUUGACGUCCAGACCAAGAUGGCUGGGCGGGCACUGGAGCUCCUUUGUCUGCCUGAGGGUCAGCCCUGUUAUCUGCUGGAUGUUGGCUGUGGCUCUGGGCUGAGUGGGGAUUAUCUCUCAGAUGAAGGACACUACUGGGUAGGCAUUGACAUCAGCCCUGCCAUGCUGGAUGCGGCCUUGGACCGAGACACGGAGGGAGACGUGCUUCUCGGGGACAUGGGUCAAGGCAUCCCCUUCAAGCCAGGUGCUUUUGAUGGUUGUAUCAGCAUUUCUGCUGUGCAGUGGCUCUGUAAUGCUAACAAGAAGUCCGACAACCCAGCCAAGCGCCUGUACUGCUUUUUUUCCACUCUUUAUUCUGUUUUGGCCCGUGGUGCCCGUGCCGUCUUGCAGCUGUAUCCAGAGAACUCGGAGCAGUUGGAGCUGAUCACGACCCAGGCCACGAAGGCUGGUUUCACUGGGGGUGUGGUGGUGGACUACCCCAACAGUGCCAAAGCAAAGAAGUUCUACCUCUGUUUGUUUACUGGGCCUUCAAGCUUUCUGCCAAAGGGGCUGAGUGACCAGAAAGAUGGAGACGAAGACAGAAAGUCUGCGUUCACUAAUGAGAGGGUCCCGCACAGGAUUGCGAGGCGGGGAAUGGUGAAAAAGAGCCGGGACUGGGUGCUAGAGAAGAAGGAGCGUCGCAGACGUCAGGGCAAGGAAGUCAGACCUGACACUCAGUACACUGGCCGCAAGCGCAAGCCCUAUUUCUAAGCGGUAGCAGCGUCCUUGAGACAGCUCUGAAUCACACAGGUGUGACCUUGCCAUCCAGCCAGGCACUUGCCUCUGGGAAGUUUUCUCUACUGAAGUGCCUACUUCAUCAGUUGACAGAAUAAUGUUUUUAAAAAGUUCUGAAGUUUUAAAGAAAUUUUUUUCUGAAAAAAAGUCUCUGAGAGCAUGUUAUUUUGUUCUAAAAGCAAUAAACCACUUUCUGUGGG